GAAUCAAUUAUUCUGUGUGAAUUCCAUGACUUAAUCGGCAAAUAAGCUAUUCUCUAGUAUCCUCACGAGUAAAAACAUCAAUAUCUUUUCCAUUUAGAUAAGCAAUAAAUAUUGAAAUAUUGGGAGAUUUUCUGUUGCCCAAAGAAGAACUUGGAGGUAAAUUACUUAUGAUGUAUGUAUCAUCAAUAACCCAAGAGAGUAUCAAUCAUAAUACAUCAUCAAUAUCCCUAUGGUUAUGAGAAAUGGUUCGGUUUAUCGAAGAGCCAUAUAUGUUUUAAGUGUUGCAAUCAAGGUGAAAAAAGAAUAAUUCUCAAAAAAUCAAGACGCCUACUUUGAGAUCGUAAGGAAAUUGGCAUAUGUGAUAUCCUAACUUGAAGUCAAUAGGAAUUACAUCUAUCGAAAUGAUGAGAAUAAGGAGGAAAUACACACCCUAAUCAAGCAAAUAUAUUAAGACAUUAAUAUAAGCGCGGAACAUGAAAGCUUUGUAGAAUUUGAUGAUUCACAAUACAUGUUCUUGAGAUUACCAUAAUAACCAUAACCUCCGCAAAAUAUCAUUAUUAAAUAUAGUCAAGUGCCAUUCCCCAUAGUAAAUAUAAAGUAAGGAGUCUAAACAGCAUUUAACCCGAUUUUAGAAAAAUUGAUACCAGAAAUUAAUGGAAUUAAUUGUGUAGGAGCUAUCUGUCAAAAAUUGAAAGAAUUUAAGGCUGAAUAAAUAAAGACUGCGAUUAAAGAGAUGAUCGAGUACAAUUUAAUUCGCUUAGUGGAUAUGAUAAAAAUCACAAACAUGUAUGUAAUUAACGAGAACUUCUUUACUCAUGAUUUUAAGUAGGAGGACAUUCUCUAAAUUGUCAAUACAACACAUGAGGCUUUUUUGUAGAAAUUUGGAUAGUCAUUCGAUUUUGAUUUGCUUAAACAAUAUUUGCAGACCCUUUACAUUGAGAUGAAAAGAGGACUUAUUCUUAAAGAUUACAUUGAAAAUAACAAGACCUCCUUAGAAUUUGUAUCUAUAUUCAUCUAUAUUUUAGAUUUCUUUAACCAAAUUGAUAAGGUAUGGAUAGUUGAAUAAUUUUUUGAAUCGAGUUCAUGAAUAUUUUUUUAUUUGUGCAAGUCAGAUAUAGAAAGCAUAGAAUUUGGAGAACAUUUUCUUAGUUGCCCCAUCCAAUUAUAUUAAGAUGAGUGAACGAUUUAAUGAGGAAGAUAAGAAUUCAAAAGAACAAUAGGAGCAGCAGAUGGAAUGCUCAUUAGAGUAUUCGAAAAGAUUUGAGAAGGGGAUUGAAGGCUAAUUUAUAGGGUAGAAACUCAAGGAUGAUGAGAAACUGAAAGAUGCAAAUGAAACAAUUAAGAAUAUGAUUUUCAAUUAGGAAACUUUGGAUGAAAUUUGUUUAGUUUUUAAUUUGGAUUUGGAAUAAUGUCACUAAUUAGUUGAGUCAAAGGAGUAUGUUAUUAUACACAAAUGA